AUGAGGUACUCAGCCCUCGCCGUGCUGCCGCUGGCCGCAGCUUCGCCCUUCAAGGUGGGCACCAUCCACAACGACGCCGCCCCGGUGCUGUCGUCGACGAACGCCCAAGAGGUCGUUCCAAACUCGUACAUGGUCGUUUUCAAAAAGCAUGUCAAGCACGAAGACGCAAAGAGCCAUCAUGAGUGGGUGCAGAGCAUCCACACCAAGGCUCAGGACGAGCGCAUGGAGCUCCGCAAGCGCUCGCAGUUCCCUAUCACUACCGAGAUCUUCGACGGUCUCAAGCACACAUACAACAUCGUCGGUGGAAUGAUGGGCUACUCCGGCCAUUUCGACGAGGAGACGCUGGAGGAGAUCCGAAGGCACCCAGAUGUCGACUACAUCGAGAAGGACUCCGUCGUCCACACAAUGGGUGGUGACGACUACGAGACCGAGAAGAACGCCCCAUGGGGUCUCGCCCGUAUCUCGCACCGCGAUUCCUUGAGCUUCGGCACAUGGAACAAAUAUCUCUACUCCGCCGAUGGAGGCGAGGGUGUUGAUGUCUAUGUCGUCGAUACAGGCACCAACCACAAGCACGUUGACUUCGAGGGCCGCGCCCACUGGGGCAAGACCAUCCCCAACGGCGAUGCUGAUGAGGAUGGUAACGGCCACGGCACUCACUGCUCUGGCACUGUUGCUGGCAAGAAGUACGGUGUUGCUAAGAAGGCCGAGGUCUACGCUGUCAAGGUGCUCCGCUCUAACGGCUCUGGCACCAUGUCCGACGUCGUCAAGGGUGUUGAAUACGCUGUCCAGGCCCACAACGAGCAGGUGAAGAAGGCCAAGGACGGCAAGCGCAAGGGCUUCAAGGGCUCUGCUGCCAACAUGAGCUUGGGCGGUGGCAAAUCCACUACUCUUGACCUCGCUGUGAACGCCGCUGUUGACGCUGGUAUCCACUUCGCUGUUGCUGCCGGUAACGACAACGCUGACUCGUGCAACUACUCUCCUGCUGCCGCUGAGAACGCUGUCACUGUUGGGGCCUCAACCCUGCUUGAUGAGCGUGCCUACUUCUCCAACUACGGAAAGUGCAAUGACAUCUUCGCUCCGGGUCUCAACAUCCUUUCCACCUGGAUCGGCUCUGAGCACGCCACCAACACCAUCUCCGGUACCUCGAUGGCCUCGCCCCACAUUGCUGGUCUCCUUGCCUACCUGCUCUCUCUCCAGCCUGCCAAGGACUCUGCCUACGCCGUCGCUGACAUUACUCCCAAGAAGCUCAAGGCUAACCUCAUCUCCAUCGGUACCGUCGGUGCCCUCACUGAUGUCCCCAGUAACACCAAGAACAUCCUCGCCUGGAACGGUGGUGGCUCUUCUAACUACACCGACAUCGUCGAGAAGGGUGGGUACACCGUCAAGAAGGCCGAGAAGGAGGAGAAGGAAUCUCUCACCAUCACCAUCCCUUCCGUCUCCGAGAUUGAGGAGGAUCUUGAGGCUGAAUUCAAGAUCGCCAAGAACGCCGCUGAUCGCGCUGGCUCCCGCCUCCACGAGAAGCUCGACAAGCUCACUGGUGACAUUGAGGACUUCAUUGCUGAGGAGAUGGAGGGUUUCUUCGAGGAGUUCAAGGAGCGUGCUGCCCGCGAGUAA